ACAAUCUUUUCGAGUCUUAUCCAUACCAUUCGAGACCAGUUCUUGAAGUAGAAAGAAUGGUAAUGGAGGGAAGCUCAAUUGUAAGCUAUUCCCAUUCUUCUUCUUCUUCUUUAUAUUCAAAUUAUCUCAAUAAGUUCACAAUUCACCCUUCACAUCCUUCAUCAUCAUCAUCUUCUUCUUCUUCUUCAUCUCUUUUGAAAUGCCAAACGCUGAGCUUAACCUUACCCAACUUGCGAGUGAGCAAGAAGAGGCAAAUGCUCGUGGCACUCUCUUCCCUUCCUCCCACUCGUACCACUCUUCGCACUUCUGCAUUUGUAGUUGAAAAAUCAGCGGAGAAUUCAACAAAGGACAAAGAAAUGAUGCCUAAGAUUGAUAAGAGCGGCAGGUUUUGCAGCCCCAGAGCCGCCCGUGAACUCGCUCUAAUGAUGAUAUAUGCAGCGUGCUUGGAAGGGUCUGAUCCAGUUCGACUUUUUGAGAAACGAAUCAAUGCAAGGAGAGAAGCUGGCUAUGAAUUUGACAAGACAUCAUUGUUGGAGUACAAUCACAUGAGCUUCGGAGGACCUCCUGUUACAACUGACACCAUUGAAGAAGCAGAUAAGCUUCUAUCCAGUGAUGAAAAAGAGUCUGCACUUGAAGCAGAAGUCCUUUCAGCUCCUCCAAAGUUGGUCUAUAGCAAAUUACUUUUGCGUUUCACAAGGAAGCUUCUAGCAGCAGUUGUGGAGAAGUGGGAUAGCCAUGUUCUUAUUAUAGACAAAGUUGCCCCACCUAAUUGGAAGAGUCAGCCGGGUGGCAGAAUUUUGGAAUUCUGUAUCCUCCAUUUGGCAAUGUCUGAGAUUGCAGUUGUUGGUACACGGCACCAAAUUGUCAUUAAUGAGGCUGUUGAUCUUGCCAAGCGGUUCUGUGAUGGGGCAGCACCUCGCAUAAUAAAUGGAUGCCUUAGGACUUUUGUGAAGGAUGUAUCAGGUACCCUUGUGGCUCAGGCUUCAGAUUCUAAUUGGAAGGUAGAGGUGUAACGUGGAGAAUUGCUUUGAGGCUUUUGUCUGCUCCAAAUUACCAAAUCUCUCUCAAGAGAGGACGUCGGCUAGAGUAUUGUCCGGUAAUUUUGGAAGAAAUCCUGAAGAGAUACUCGGAUGUCUCAUUUUAAAGUAAAUUCCCAUGAAGCACCAACAUAAUGUGAUUUUCUUCUUUUCAAGUUUGCAUUUGUGUCGAAAAGUUCAGAGCAGUUGAAGCUCAGGUGGAGUAUUGAUAAGGGAGAAGAUAAGAGAAGAGAGCAGAGCAGAACAUUUGAUACGUAUAUGUUGUAAAAUGGAUCUUCAUAUGUAGUGUCUCAGAUUCUGAUACUGAAUGUGGAAAUUGAAUUCCCUGAA